AACAUCAAUCACCCAUUUCCCAAAAAUCCUUCAUCAUAUAACCUCUAAUUCCCCCAAGUUCGGUGGAUAUUUCCUCCAAGAAUCAUGGACGCUCUCCACCGCCAUAAUCUUGAUCUCAAAAACCCUUGUCCCAUUUCAUCAAUUUAUACUAAAACCCCUCAAACACCCACUUCAAUUUUGUCCUAUAAAUACCGAUUUUCUUGUUCCAAUUUCAGUGGUAAGUCGAAAAAAGCCAACCCAGUUGAAUCCAACAAGAAGUUGGUUCAUUCAAUUGCUAAAGGUUUGAUUGGGUUUGCUGCUGCUGUUUCUGUGUGUUUGGAUUCUCCGGCUCUCGCUGAAUCUUUGACAAUCGCAUUCCCAGCUUCUCGGACUCAUGAGGUGAAUGCGGUUCAACGAACUCUUGUAGAGACUUGGGGGUUGAUCAGAGAGACUUUUGUUGAUCCAACUUUUAAUCAUCAGGACUGGGAUUCACAGCUACAGCAAACAAUGGUAGAAAUGCUUCCUCUCAGAACAGCAGAUGCUGCAUACAGCAAGAUCAGAGGAAUGCUUUCUACUCUCGGAGAUCCCUUCACUCGCAUUAUCAGUCCAAAGGAAUACCAAAGUUUUAGAAUUGGAAGUGACGGAAACGUGCAGGGAGUUGGUCUCUUUGUCAAUACUGAACCAAAAAACGGGCAUCUGAUUGUUCUAUCCUGCGUUGAGGGUAGCCCAGCUGAUCGAGCUGGUAUACAUGUAGGAGAUGAAUUAGUUGAAAUAAAUGGAGAGCGUCUUGAUGGUGUUAGCGGAGAGGCAGCUGCGCAGAAGCUCAGAGGUCAUGUUGGUACCAGUGUUACAGUCAAAGUGCACAAUGGCAAAAAAUUGGCGAUUGACUCUAGUUUUCGAGAGGUUAAAUUGCCUCGCGAGUUCAUUAAACUUUCUCCGAUAUCGAGUGCCAUCAUUCCUCAUAGAACUUCAGAUGGGCAUGUGUCCAAGACUGGAUAUGUAAAGUUGUUAGCCUUCUCUCAGACUGCUGCUGCUGAUAUGAAACAUGCGAUUCAUGAAUUGGAAAAUCAGGGUGUCGAGUCGUACAUUUUGGAUCUUCGAAACAAUCCGGGUGGUUUGGUGAAAGCUGGACUAGAUGUUGCCCAAAUAUGGCUAGAUGGGGAUGAGACUCUAGUAAACACAAUAGAUCGAGACGGGAACAUGCUGCCAAUCAACAUGAUUAACGGGCAUGCUCUUACACAUGAUCCGUUAGUUGUGCUUGUUAACGAAGGGAGCGCAAGUGCAAGCGAAAUCUUGGCAGGUGCACUACACGACAACGGCAGGGCAAAGCUGAUCGGGAACAGAACCUUCGGGAAAGGAAAGAUUCAGAGCGUGACCGAACUCAAUGAUGGAUCGGCUCUUUUUAUUACGGUUGCCAAGUACUUAUCGCCAGCACUUCACGACAUAGAUCAAGUUGGCAUAGCACCGGACGUCCAGUGUACGACGGAGAUGCUGAAAGAUUCAGGGGUAAUGAGGAAAAAGAGUGAAGGGUCAUCAUCUUUGGAAGGGGAUUCUUGUAUUUUGGUAGCAGAACAUGAGUUGGAUCAUCAAGGCUCUGCAUCCUAACUUUUGACUAUUAUAGAAAAUCUUGCUGUACAUAUAUAUCCUUGUAUGCAUACAGUUUUUGCAAUCAGAUUAUAUUGAAAC